AUGAACAAUCUCUUGUUGCUAAACUCCAGCGACAAAUUAAAGAACUUCAAGCCCGCAUCCAAGAACUCGAAGAAGAACUGGAAGCAGAACGCUGAAAAGGCAAGAAAUGAGAUGCAACUUGAAUUGGAGGAGCUUGGCGAUCGACUUGACGAAGCUGGUGGCGCUACACAAGCUCAGAUGGAGUUGAACAAGAAGAGAGAAGCUGAGGCAAGCUAG